UUUCAAAUCUAAUUUUCGUAAAACAAUGGCUCAACUAGAGAGAAACCCUGAUAGCUUCAAGAAUACAAAGUCCCCAAUAACAGCAUUUGAACAGUUUAUUCAAGGUUAUUUCGUAGCCUUGAGCUAAAUUUAGGCUAAAUAGAUAAAUAUGUUGUUCCUAUUUGCAAUCAAUAAUUGUAUUAAAUUAUUGUACAUUUAAUAUGUUCGUGUUAUUUAAAUUCAAUUUUAAUCCAUCUUUGUCGACUUGGGUUAUGAAAUUUUCCGAAUCAAAUAGCUCAUGUAUGAGUUUACCAUCAUAUUUUCUUAGAAGAUGUUGAAUGUGUUAUUUUAGAACAACCGGAGGGAUUUAAAUUCAAAGUGUGAAUGUCAAAUUUUGUUUAAUCAUAAUUGUCUUAAUAGCCAGAUAUGAAGUUAUGGAUUUACGACGUAGUUUUUUUAAACAAACAUAAUCUUUAUGAGUUUCCCUCUAUGAUUUAACAUGGAAGUUUAGCUUGUAAAAUAUUUAACAAAAAGCAAACCACGUGAUUUAAAUUUAUCUAGAAGGGGAGAAAUAAUGUAAGUUACAUAUUUCUUUGUUGAAAAGAAAAUUAUUAAGACUCAUGGUUCCAUCUUAAAAGAUCAGUAAUUCAGAUCUUAGUAUAACAUUUGAUGCCUUCACAAGUAUGUGGUGUGAAAAUUCAACAAAAAUGGAGCAUAAAUUCGGGUUUGAAAACAAAAAACAACGUUUUGGCUUAAAAUAACGAAACACAUAUUUUAGUCAAAAUUUCAUUAUCAUUAUGUGUGUGGUUAUCCUUAUGACUUGCUACUAUGUAUGCAUAACCUAAGGAGAUGACAAGAGUUGGAGUCCAACUACAUCACCAACCCAAAAAUCCUAUGACCCUGAGGAGGCAUUUCCUAAUCAACAAAACAAGAAAUCUGUUCUUACCAAAGUAAAAGAAAAGGCUAAGAAGCUGCGACAUAGUCUUAGCGGCAAGAGAAAGCAAGACAAUCAAAUUCAAGGAGAGAACAACACACCAUCAUGGGGUGUCAACUUAGAGGAUGAAGAAGAGGUUGAGGAAGAAGAUGAAGAUCCUGAAUAUCUUGGAGCCCCAAUGUAUGAGUCAGAACUUGCACCCGAAGAUUAUAAAGAGACAUCACGUCAACACCCCCGAGCCGAUCCUUUGUUUUCUGAGAAGAACAUUUUACCCUCCCAACAAAGCACAAAACAAGAGAACGAGAACGAAAGAGAAAGCGGAAAAGAAUUGUUAGAGGAUGGUUCCAAUAUGAAAGAAACUCAGAAUAUUGACUCUAAGUUUUCAGAGUUGAGUAUUGCUACCACAAACACAGUGGAGAAGCCAAUUGAACAAGAAAGAAAGGAUAGUGUUACUGAUCAUGAGAAACAGAAAGGAGUCAACAGCCCAACAACAUGGGAUAAAGGGGUGUCAAUGAAGGAGUAUUUCAUGAACAAGCUUGAGCCCGGGGAAGAUGAAAAAGAACUUUCAAAGGUAAUAUCUGAUGCUAUGAGUCCAAGAAGAAGAGAACCUGGUGAAAGGGGGGUUGUGGAUAAAGUAAAGGAUGUUGUCACUUCUUUCCUACCCCCCACAAAUCCAUCUCUUUUCAGAGUUUUUACUUCCAACACUAACAACACAGGUUCAUUAUCUCCCCAAACAUCCAUUUCCAACAACAAUGGAAACUUAUCCCCACUCAUUCCCAUUUCUACCAAUGCUCAUGAGGUUCUUGAAGAACAGACUAAUGGAAGGGUACUGCAAACAAACUAAUCAAGAGUUCAAGACAAAUUCUUUGAGGAGCAGUUUUGGCAGAAGUGCUUUCAGAAAAAAUCAAGAACACCAUCGAGUUUGGAUGCGGAGAAGAUAAUGCUAGAUCAAAACAUGAUGUUGAAUAUCCACUAGUAUGUAUUGA